AUGAAACUCAAGAAAAUGCAUUUACAACAGCAUAUCUGUGCCGACGAAUCCAAGCCUAAGAUUACGGACUCCGAGGUAUUGGUUUGGAGUCUCAAGAAUGCAAAUUCUGAAUACAUUAACGCAAACAAUUGUCUUCAAAUAAUCAUCGAUUUGUGUACGUGUUCUGCAAAAGACAUGGAUUUGGCAAAAGUGAUUCGUUCACAGAUUGACUUCAUCUCCAAUCAGUUGUCACACAAAUCAUAUCAAACACUCAUUCAUAGCUCUAAUGAAUCCAAUUCAUCGAUCGCUUCAUCGAGUGAUGAAGAAGUGGCCAAAUGUAGAGACAAUGAGAUCGAGAAUUUGCGAAACACUCACAACUUAUUGCGAAAAAAGUAUAGACUAUUGUGUUUAAUGCGUUCAGAUUUGACUAACUCUCGGUGCGAGUGUCUGGAGAAGUCGCCAAAUGGUAGUGUUUUAACGCAUUUACGAAAAUCUGAGUUUAACUUCAAGAUGUGGUUCACACAUAUCAAAGUGAUUGAGACCAAAAUGGACUGCAAACGCCUUUCACUGCCAUUCGAUAUAAUGAAACCCAUAAACAGUAAUGAUAUGAACGAAAUGACAACUAAUAUGGAUAUGGAUAGAGAAGUGCGAACUUUCCAAGAAUUACAUCCAAUUAAUAGCAGUGAUGUUGGACUCAAUUAUUCAGCCCAUGAUAUCUCUCUAAUGAGAUCCAGCGCUGUAUUGCAUCAGGAGUUUGAUUAUAGCAAUAAUGGUAACACAGAUGCUCACAAUACUAACCAUUUCAACAAUGAUUUACUGCCGCAGAUGACUGCCAUCGAAAUCGACCAGAUUUUGAAUAACUAA